AUGCUGUCGCGGUCUUCCCUCAGCCGAAAUGCGCCCCGUGCGCUCUCUGCUGCCAGUGCCAGCAGCCGUCGCAGCAUGGCCUCUGCUGUGACUCCCGGCCUCCAGUACGAUGUCCUCGAGUCUGCUGGCGUCAAGGUCGCCAACAGAGAAGUUGCGGGCCCUACCAGCACCCUGGCUUUGGUUGCAAAGGCCGGUUCCCGUUACCAGCCCCUCCCUGCCUUUUCCGAUGCUCUCAAAUUCUACGCUUUCCAGUCCACACUCAAACGGUCGGCGUUGCGGAUCACCAGAGAGGUUGAACUGCUGGGCGGUGAAGUUUCCUCGACACAUUCGCGUGAGAACGUUGUUCUCCAGGCCAAGUUCCUCUCGAAAGACCUUCCUUACUUCGCUGAGCUUUUGGCGGAGGUUGCUUCCCAGACAAAGUACACUGGCCAUGAGUUGAAGGAGCUCAUCCUCCCCCUCCUCAGAUACAGACAGCAGGCCCUCGCCGCUAACCCUGAGGCUAUUGCCGCCGACGCUGCCCAUUCCGUCGCUUUCCACCGCGGUCUGGGUGAGCACAUCACUCCUGCCACCACCGGUCCCUUCGAGCAGUACUUCACCGCGGAGGCCAUUGCCGAGUUUGCCAAGGAGGCCUAUGCCAAAUCCAACAUUGCCAUCGUUGGCAGCGGUUCCAACUCCGCCGAGGUGUCCAAGUGGGUUGGUGAGUUCUUCAAGGAGCUCCCCAGCAGCUCCAGCUCCGGCCUGACCAACUUGCACCCCAACACUGCCACCAAGUACCACGGUGGUGAGCAGCGUAUCGCCUCUAAGGCCGGCAAUGCCGUUGUGAUUGCCUUCCCUGGCUCGAGCGCCUUCGGCACCUCGGGCUACAAGCCCGAGAUCUCCGUUCUCGCUACUCUCCUCGGUGGCGAGUCUUCUAUCAAAUGGACUCCUGGCUUCUCUCUUCUCGCCAAGGCCACCCAGGGCUUCUCCGGAGUCCACGUCUCGACCAAGAACAACGCCUACUCCGACGCCGGUCUGUUCACCAUCUCCCUCACUGGCAAGGCCGAUCAGGUUGCGGCUGCCAGCAAGAACGUCGUCGACGCUCUCAAGAAGACGGCCGCGGGUGAGGUCGCCAGCGAAGACAUCAAGAAGGCCAUUGCUCUGGCCAAGUUCCGUGCUCUUGAGUCUGCCCAGACCCUCGAGACCGGUCUUGAGGCCACUGGCUCUGCUCUGAUCAACGGCAGCAAGCCCUACCAGAUUGGUGAGGUCGCUCAGAGCUUCGACAGCGUCACCGAGGCCCAGGUCAAGGAGGCCGCCAAGUCGUUCCUCUCCAGCAAGGCUUCCGUUGGUACUGUUGGAGACAUCUGGCAGCUCCACUACGCCGAGACUCUGGGUCUGACCAUUUAA